UCUGCACCCGCGGCACAGUCAGCUCCACCGCCACCGCCACCUGACAAGAUGGCGACACCUUCGGGUUCUGCAGUUCGGCCCACGUACGUGCCGCGACCGGCACAUUUGUACUCGGCAGCGCCCGGCUCGUCGUUGUUUCCGUCGAUAGAUCCGUACGGCGCCGGAUCUUCAUCUCUUCGUCGUCCAAUACACGAUUUAGAGUACCGGCAGGUGGGAGGGACAGACGACGAUGAGGAGAUUCAGGAGGUGGAUGACCUCGCGCAGAUGGAGUGGGUGAACACAUUCUUCUCUUCUGCACCGACGCAAGAGGUCGUCGGCACUUCACAGCUGGGGGGUGCCCCACUCGCGACGCAGGACUAUAGUCAGGUGGAGCAGACGCCUAUUCCUGAGCACGGUCGUCGGUCCACUCGCGAGAUCAUCCCGCCGGAUCCACUGACGUACUUGCAGCACCAAACUAGGGCGGGCCAGGCUGUAGAGCGACGUGGCAGGAGGAGAGGGGGCAAGUGCGGACGCAUCUAG